GCGUACAUACUGAAUGUUAAGCAAAGAGGAGCGAGCGAGAGCGACAGUGAGGCGGCAGCAGCAACAUGUAGCCACGCUGCGUGGACCACAGCUGCCCACCGCCUCAGCGUCUGCGUCUUCUCAGGGACGCGCGUCUGUCUCCGUGUCCGUCUGUCUGUGUGUGCGUGUUUGAGGGGCGGGUGACAUGACGUGUUUGGGCUGGGCUCCGAGGACGUGAUCCCGCCACUGUGAUCAGAGAGGAUGUCCGGCGGAGGAAUGGACGGAUGGAGUGAGAGAGCGGCACGAGACGGAGGAGAAGAAGGAGAAGAGCCUCGUGCGCACUGGUCACCCCGCCUCAUCAGGUGAAACGCAGCGACACCCCAGUCCCCCUUCCCCGUCCCCUCCCCUUCCCCCGCCCGAGGUCACGACCUUCUCUCCCAACCCCUGGCCGGCCUCACCUGCUAAACCCGAUCCGACAGCGACCACUGGCCCCGCCUUUACCCCAUGGUGGCCCCAAGGCCCGCCUCCCGCCUCUCACUGCUGUUGGCUGUCCUGGCCUGCACGGGGCCCGUGCGCCCCUCGCCCCCCCUGCUGCUCCGGCCCCGGGAGAGAGAGAGGGACUCGGGUGGCGUCAACAUUGCCGUGGUCCACUCUGGCUCCUCCCUGCUCCCGGAGACGGCCGCGGUGGGAGGCGCGGGGGCCGGCGAGUCGGGGCCGGGGCAGGGGCCCGGUCUCGGAAACGGCCCAGGUGGAGGUGAAAGGGGAGUGACAGAUACGGCCUCGCUGGCGGGAGCGGUGGCCAUGGCGGCGUUCUCCUCCUCCUACUCGCUGGCGGCGCUGGUCGGGGAGCCAGUGAUGACGCCGUCGGGCCAAGCUAACGUCAUCUACCUGGCGGUGAACGAGAGCAGCCCGGGAAGCCUCCUGCUGCAGCUGUGUGAGCUGCUGGCCACCACGCCACUGCAGGGUUUGGUGUUUGAGGAGGAGAGGCCACCGCCCCCCAACCGUGCCCCCCUGGCCCCGAUGCUGGAGUUUGUCUCGGCCCAGACCGGUGUUCCCGUGGUGGCGGUAGGGGGAGGGGCCAGCCUGGGAAGAGAGCCACAGGAGAGCGGCUCCAUCUACCUGCAGUUCACCUGCUCCACCUCGCUGCAGCUGGAGGUCAUCUUCGAGGUUCUGGAGGAGUACGACUGGACCGCCUUCUCGGUGGUCACCACGCGUCACCACGGUUACGAGGACUUCCUGGACAUGGUGGAGGGCAUGACGGAUGGCUCCUUCAUCGGCUGGGAGAGGAAGAGCGUGGUCAUUCUCAACGUCACCGACGACCCGGGGGGGGCGCGGACCAAGCGGCUUCUGAAGGACAACGAAGCUCAGGUCCGAUUGCUGUACUGCUCCCUGGAGGAGGCCGAGCUGGUGUUCCGGGCGGCCUGGGUGGCGGGGCAGGCCGGGCCCAGUCACAUGUGGUUCGCGGUGGGCCCGGCGCUGUCCGGACUGGGCCUGGAGGGGUUGCCUAAGGCCUUAUUCGCCAUCCGGCCUCAGGGCUGGAGAGACGAGCCUCGCAGGCGCAUCGCCAAGGGCGUCUCCGUGCUGACCCACGGGGCGAUGGCGCUGCGGCGCGACCACGGGACCGCCGGCCGGGCGCAGUAUGCCGGCAACUGCCAGAGCGACGGGAACCAGACCCAGCGUGUGGCGGACAGAAUCAGGUACUUCACCAACAUAUCCAUCGGGGGGCGGGACUACUCCUUCAACAACGACGGCUACCUGUCCAACCCACUGCUCGACGUCAUCUCCUACAACAACGGACGGGGCUGGGAGGAGGUGGGCUCGUGGGAGAACGGCCACCUGCGACUGCGCUACCACCCGUGGUCACGUUAUGGCUCCUUCCUGAAGCCGCUGGACGACGCCCAGCACCUGCGCGUGGUCACGCUGGAGGAGAGGCCCUUCGUGAUCGUGGAGCCGGCCGACCCGGGUACCAGCUCCUGCAUCCGGGACUCGGUGCCCUGCCGCAUGCCCCUCAACUCCAGUGUGGUGGUGGACGGCGGCGCCCCCAUGAAGCACUGCUGCAAAGGCUUCUGCAUCGACGUGCUCAAGAGGCUGGCCAAGAUCGUGGGCUUCACCUACGACCUCUACCUGGUCACCAACGGCCGACACGGCAAGAACAUCGACGGGGAGUGGAACGGCAUGGUGGGGGAGGUGGUGUCCAACAGGGCCGACAUGGCCAUCGGCUCGCUCACCAUCAACGAGGAGCGGUCGGAGGUCGUGGAGUUCUCUGUUCCCUUCGUGGAGACGGGCAUCAGCGUCAUGGUUUCCCGCAGCAACGGCACCGUGUCGCCGUCUGCUUUCCUCGAGCCGUACAGCCCCGCCGUGUGGGUGAUGAUGUUCGUCAUGUGUUUGUCGGUGGUGGCCGUCACAGUCUUCAUCUUUGAGUUCUUCAGUCCGGUCGGUUACAACCGCAGCCUGCAGAGCGCCAAAAAGUCAGGCGGAUCCAAGUUCACCAUCGGCAAGUCUGUUUGGCUUCUGUGGGCGUUGGUCUUCAACAACUCAGUGCCUGUGGAGAACCCCAGAGGAACCACCAGCAAAAUCAUGGUCCUGGUGUGGGCCUUCUUCGCUGUCAUUUUCCUGGCGUCCUACACCGCCAACCUGGCCGCCUUCAUGAUCCAGGAGGAGUACAUCGACACCGUGUCGGGGCUCUCGGACAAGAAGUUCCAGCAGCCCACCGAGCAGUACCCCCCCCUCCGUUUUGGCACCGUGCCCAACGGCAGCACCGAGGAGAACAUCCGUUCCAACUAUCCCAACAUGCACCAGUACAUGAUCCGAAACAACCAGAAGGGGGUGGAGGAGGCCAUUGAUAACCUCAAGACAGGGAAACUGGACGCGUUCAUCUACGAUGCCGCAGUGCUCAACUACAUGGCCAGGAAGGAUGAAGGCUGCAAGGUGAUGACCAUCGGCUCCGGCAAGGUGUUUGCCACCACGGGCUACGGCAUCGCCCUGCACAAAAACUCCCGCUGGAAAAGGCCGCUGGACCUGGCGCUGCUGCAGCUGGUGGGAGACGAUGAGAUUGACAUGUUGGAGCGUCUCUGGCUGUCUGGAAUCUGCCACAACGAUAAGAUCGAGGUGAUGAGCAGUAAGCUGGACAUUGACAACAUGGCGGGGGUCUUCUACAUGCUGCUGGUGGCCAUGGGGCUCAGUCUGCUGGUGUUCGCCUGGGAACAUCUGGUCUACUGGAAGCUGCGACACUGUGUGAAGAGAUCCGGCGGCAUGGACUUCCUCUUGGCUCUCAGCAGGGGGAUGUACAGUUGCUGUCAGUUUGAGGAUGAGACAGUGGCAGGGGGCAGAAAAAGUUCUCUGCCACAGUACCACACGGUCACCAACAUGCCCACCGUGGCCCAGCAGCACUUGGUUACAGCCACAGUGAACAACACCACUGCCAUCGCCAUGGUGCAGCAACAGCCUCCGAAGCACGCCCAAAAGCAACCACAAGGGCAGACCUACACCACCAUGUUGCCAGGGUCCCCACCACCCGCGGGGCAUUCGGCAGUGGCCCUGGGACCCUCAAACAGCCCGCUUUUUGAAGGCCCCAUGCCCUGCUCCACCUUUCUGCCUCGCCAUGACCGCAGACUUGCAGUGGUAGAUCGCUGGAACAGGCCAAAACCAGAGAAGGUCAUGUGCGCAGGCAGUGGUGCGAGUUUGGGUGUUGGGGGGAUAGCAGGAGGCAUCACUGAACUCCAGGCCCAGCAACAGUACCAGCAGAACCUGGGACAACACUGGAAAGUGCCAGGCAGCGUCGCAGGGGGAGGCGGUGACAGCGGGCUCGAUGAGUACAAGCGUUACUAUGGUCCUAUAGAUCCAGAGGGGCUGGUAGCCAACUCAGACCAGCCGUUAGGAGGCACCCAACAGACUCCCAAGUCUAAUCCCAGAGGCCCCAAAGCCCCUGGAAUGCUACACCAGCCUCUGAAACGUCCUGGACCCUUAAUCGGUAAGCCCCCACCGCCAAUCCCUUCCUCUCCACGAAGGCCUUCUUUCUGGAGACGUGGAAGCCUUGCUCAGACAAGUAGGAAGAGCUCAGGAGGUCCUCUCUAUGAGAACAUCCUCCCUCUGGGGAGGAGAGGGGGUGGCAGGUAUGGAGCGAGCGAAGUAGGGGGAAGGAGGGGGCGACGUCCUCCUCCGCCCGUUCCCCUUUCUUCCCCAACACACACCCCUACCACCUCAUCCCCUUGCCGUUUCUACUCCACCUGCUCCAGCGCCUCAUCAUCUUCCACUUCCUCCUCGUCUUCCUCGUCCUCGUCUUCAUCCUCCGUCUCGGUCUCUCGCUCCAAUUCCCCGUCUUCUUGUUCCAGCGAAAGCUCGUACAACUCCUCAUUGAGCUUCCGCUAUCGAGCAGGGGAUCGCGAUUUCACGGCGGAGGAUGACUACGACUCGGAUCUACUCACGGAAGAGUCAAGUCUCCUCCUGGGAUCACGGCGGAAGGUUCGCUCCCGUCGCAUGUCGUCGCGCUCGUUGCCGUGCAGCCCGCCGCCGCCGCCCGUCCCGCCACGCAAGCCUCGCCCUCAGAGACAAUAUGGCCGCGAAAGGAGAAGCAGCCAGCUGGCACAGUUGCAGGAGUGGUGGGCGUCGUGGGCCGACAGAGAAAGGGGGAGGUCGGGGACGACCAGCCAGGGGGACAGGGGAGGGGGGCGAGAUAAGAGGCAGCGCAAAGAGAGGGAUCGUGAGAACAAGAGGAGGAAGAAGGGCAGGAAGAAGAAGAAGCGGGAAGACAGGGAAAGAGAGCGGGAGCGAAAGCGGCGCAAAGCCAAGAAGAAGAAAAAGAAAGAGGAGAAGGUGAAGAAAAAGGAGAGAAGGAGGUCAGAGCAGGAGGGAGGAGAUACUGACAAACGAGAGGAGGCCAAACCAGGCACACCUGACUACCCGUCGUAUCUUCACCUGAGGAGAGAAUCUUUUCGCAAAAAGAGUGAGAGCUCCAUCAGAAGCUACGGAUGGAACAUUCCGGGCGACGACGACAGAAAAGAAGGGGACGAAAGAGAUGAUGGGAAGGAGAAGCCCCACAGAUGCAGGAACAGCAAACACUAUCACUCCUCCAGCAAUAGGCCUUCAACAUCCGUCAAGUUCUCUGGAGGGAACAUCUCCUCCGACACCAUUCCUUCUGCUUUCCUUCCCUUGUUGCCAGUCUCCUCCAAAAGGAGGAAGAGUAAAAGCUCAGACAGGGAUGCUGUGGGAAUUGAAGGAGAAAGGAAGCCGUUGCUGGGACGGAAUGGCAGAGGUGAGUUGCACUCCAAAGAAGGUUUGUCCUUCCAUGAGUGGGAAUCAGAAAUAGAGGAGGAUGAAGAGUCUGAUCAAGAGAGAAGGAAAGACGAGCGUGGAAAGAGACAAACUAGGACCUUGUCUGACGAGGACAGAGAGCGUGACAAGGUGGUGGGGGUAUACUCUGACAAUGAUGGCUCCUCGGGGGAGUUUGGCAAGUUUGAGAGAUACUGGGAUGAUCAUGAUGGCAGGGCGGUGGGAGGCAUUGGAGGAGGGGGGUGGUUUUUUAGCACCUACCCCUCCAGGGACAAAGCAGGCAGCAUCAACAGUCGAGAUGAUCUGUUCCUGGAGCGAGGGGAGAGGUGGGGGACGGGAGAAAGUGGAUGGGGGUCCAGGGAAAGAGGGUGGGGGUCGGGGUCAUACUGGCCACCUUCUCCGCUCACGCCACCCCCACCUCGACGAUACUGGUCAGUCGACAAGCUCCACAUUCAGGAUGAGAAGAAGAAAAAACGGAAGUCAAAGGACAAGAGCAGAGGACACACAGGAUGUUCUUCCUGCCGCUCCCCCAGAGACCCUCCACUCUCGUCUAAUUGGACUCGAAUCACCUCACGCAGCCAAGAAGAGCUCUACCCCCAAUGCCAGAGUUUUGGUACCCCGAAGCCCAAACAGGACUCCUCAUUGUCCUCGAAGCCAGAUCGCUCACAAAAUCCGUCCAAAUCCGUGAGUCAGUCCAACCUUAGCAUCCAGCAGCGGACACAGCGGACAGACAGGGACAGAGCGAGACUUCCAUCUCCACCGUCUAACUUGCUCACCCCGCUUCCUGCUCUUCCAGCGCCGCCAUCAUCAGUCCACCCUAUCCACGCUCCUCCCCCUACCUCUUCCUCUUCCGUGUCCUCCCCCUCUGUGGUGUCAUCCACUCCGGGGGCCCCCCAGCCUUCCUCCAUCGCUUCUGCAAGUGCCAAACUGCAGUACCAGAGAUUGCGCUCAGUUCCUCAGCCUCAGAGGUUUCCUCAGUCUCCUCUGUUGCCUCUCAAAGCCAAGACCCUCUGCUCGCGAAGGGGCUCGGCCCAUUUCUCCAGCGUGGAGAGCGAGGUGUGAUGUUAGCGUGGUGAUGUGGGUCAGCAAAUACACACCGAGUCCUUCCUGAGGCUUUGCACAAAACAAGCAGAUGGUAGUUAGAAGGAAAACAGGAGCUGACUCUUUCAUUCCUCUCGGAACAAAAAACCCAUGGAAACAUUUUGCAUUAAAGUGGGGCAAUCAAUCUUCCCGGAUGAAGGACACUCCUUUGCUCCAGACAGUAAAGGGCUUUGGCGUUGGAGCAGAACAGUCAUUUGUAUUCAUCAUGCGUUCUGAGGGCUCAGGAACUUUCUAGUACUGUAUGCCUGCUGCUCCUGGAAGCCUUUAACACAACACUGUUCUUCUUUGCCCCUGAAACAAAUCGCUUAUCCCCACUUUUCCUUUUCCCUGAAAAACUGUUUACAUCCCCGCAGAACUGUGACGCCGAGCAGUGGCACUUUCCUUCCUCCUCGGUACCUUCUUGUUUGGAGGGAGAGAGGCCUGAUAACUUCUUUGUUUGCCAUCUUGUAUCCUCCUUCCUCUAGAACGUUCUCUGCUUUACCUUCCCCCGCCUCGUUCACUGUCGCCAUCUCCUCUCCUCGAUGUGAUUCUUGCGUCUUUGUGCUUUUCUGUGUUUGUAUUCUUGACAACAGGGUAAGUCAACUGUGACUGCUGGCUUCAUGAACAGUCGUAGCGCUCCCAAUUAGGCGGUACACGCACUGGCACACGCAUUAAAAGGGCACAUACUACAUGCUAGGGCGCUGAAUCAGGCUCAUCAUCUCUUGUUUCCCGAGCAAUACAUCCUUCACCCUACGUUUGCAUACGUGUUCCACUUUUGACAGCUUUGCUUUCCUCCUGUGUUGUUUGUCGUCGUCGAUAUUGAUGUUGAUCUAUAUAAAAUCUAUAUAUCCAGAAAUGUAUUGAGUCUAAUACAAUGUAAGCACUGUGCCAUACGACUGAAGCUUGAGUUCCCGUGAAACAUUCUCCGGACUACCUACUGACAAGCCCCUCGUAUUCCACUGAAUGUAGUCAGCCACUGACACGUGCGCCGCCACGAUUGCCACACUUGAAGAUGGAGGACGUAGUGUCAGGACAGCCUCACAAAGCUAAUGUGGUUGUUUUCCCAACAUCUAGAUUCUAGCCCACGUUUGCAGAGCAUUUAGCACGGCAGCAUGCCAGGCGGUGCUACGUAGUUAGACGAGGCCACAGGUUGUUGCAGGGAAAUACGUACAUGUAGCCUUAUGCUAACUGCUCCUGCCAUACACACAAAGGGUAAUGUUCCGUUUGGAGUACGUACGCUCUUUUAAUCAAUACAGUUUCAUUACAUGGGCUAAUUUGGAAGUGCCGUUUUGAUGUCAAAGAGACAGUGCCUAUGUGGGAUGCUAGCUAGCAGUCGAGUGGCGUACUGUACAGUGUGAAUGACACAGCGGCUCCUCCUGCCAACUUUUUAAAAAUCUUUCUCACCUCCUGAACGAGCAGUUUUUUUAACCCACAAGCAAGCUGACACCAGCAGCUACACUCCCAGCAAAUAACGAGCCCCCGAGUAGCCGCCAUACAUGGGCAGGACGCUUUGGCGCCACAUGUUGAGUUUGCCUGGAACUGCAUCUGAGCCAUUAUUUACAAAAACAAGAGUUACGGUUUUGUAAAGGUGUGAAGAGUUGAUCUGCCUAAAUGUAAGUCUACAUACAUAUAUUUACUUAUGUAUCUGUGGCAGUGCUGUUAUCGUUUCUCAUCAUCACGUGAUAAAACCUCCAAAAAGACAGACCUCCCCCAAGGCUCCGCACCUUCAUGGCCUGUGUGGAAGGAUCGAAAGAAGCAUUUUUCUUUAGUGGCCAGCAGCUGGUGUUUACUUUUGAAAAUGGUGGCCCGUCCCCGCCCCGCCUUAUUUUGGUCUUGGUGUGGUCUUCUUGCAACGCUUUAAAAAAGAAGAUGAAUAUGUGAUCUAUUUGUUUGUCUAGAUAUAUAUAAUAGUAUAUGUUCUAUAAUAAGUUUGUCUAUAAUCUGGAUGAAGCUCUUUUUGUGUGUUUGUCCCCGUCCGGACCCCCUUGAGCCCCCACCAGAGAGACCACUAUGUAACUGUGUUCUUGCUUGAGGUUGUCAGCCAGUGACGGUGGGGCAGCGGGGUGCCAGUGUCUUAUGACCCUUUCACUGUAGCGGCGAGCGGCGUUUGUCCACCUCGAGGGGCCUUUUUCUUCGCUUGACGUCAUUUUGAGGAUAAAGCAGCUUUUUAACCACGCGCCCUCUAAACGGCAUGUAGCGAGCAGCCUUUUGCAUACGUCAGAAGCUUCGCUGUGACACCAUGCCCCCUCCCUUGCCCCCAACCCCCAGCUGCUGCGCAAACAAAAAUGACAAACACUGUUUCCUGUCUUCGUUCAUGUGAGGGGGCGGGGCUUCCUCUGAGGCUUCAACUGGUCACAGCAGGGCACUUUUUACAUUUGAAAAUAUAAAUUAUAUAUAUAUAUAUAUAUAUAUAUAUAUAUAUAAAUAAACAUCUUUAUUCAAAUAUAGAACGUCUUUAAGAAGACAAUACACGUAUGAGCCCUGGCGCUACCACUUCUAGCCUGCAGGGGGAGACUGCUGAUGACUGGAUGAUGCUAGAGAUGAUGCUCCAGAUUGUCUCACACACACGAGCGAGGAUGAUGACAGUCAUGUGAUGACGGAUGAUUUUAAUAAAUAACUAUAUCAAAAUUAUGCAUUGUCUCUUUUACACCUUCUCAAUAGAUAACUUCCUCACGUGAUGCUUUCACACACACACAGCAUACCAUGCAGUGUUGUGACACAAAGUCACAACUAUUCACUUGUAACCACACACACACACACACACGCACACACGCUGGUGUGUUAUGACCUUACCUUCUAAUCCAAGGGUGUCCAAAGUGCAAUCCGGGGACCAUUUGCAGCCCUCGUCAAUUUUUUUUAUUGGACCAUGGGACAUUCCAAAAAUACAAUUGAAAAAGGAAAAGAAAACGGCGAACAUGGAAAAAAAACACUACAAUAAAAAGGUGACGCAUUAGAAGAAUAAAGCCAUAUUACAGAAAAAAAGCUGUCAUUUUAUGAGGAAAAAACAUUAAAAUAAAAAAUAUAUACAGUUAAAUUAAAAUAAAAGUUGAAAGAUUAAAGAAAAAAGACAUAUUACUUUUUGGUCCAGCGGUGUCCAGAGUGCGACCCGGGCGCCAUUUGCUGCACGUGUCAAUUUUUUUUUUAUUGGCCGUUCUAAAAAUAUGAUUACACAAGAAAAAUAAAAACAGUAAAGUUGAAAUAUUAGAAGAAUAAAGUCCGAGAAAAAAAGUUUGUAACUUGACAAGAAUAAAGUGGUAAUUUUAGUUAAAAAAAAGACAAUGGUUCAAAUAAAAAAUGAAUUAUAAAUAAACUAAAGAUACUGUUAGGGUUGGCCACAGCCAAGAGAACUGGAUCCCAACUGCAGAAACGAGACAGUCGGUGUAAUAAAAAUGUACUAACAAAAGGUGACCACACAGUGGAAAAGUACAAAAAACACAAAAAUGCAAAGUACAACAAAAGGGUCCCGCACCUAGUCACGGUGAAAAACUAAGAACGCUGCCGAGCACGGAUAACUAGCAGGGAAAAACUAGACGAACUAAGGGAGCUGCAGAAAGGUAGCAGAGAAAAAAAUACAAACUGAAAAUGCUGCUGAGAGCCUAGCAGGAAACACAGGCUAAUAAUAGCACUCACCGCUGCAGGAAAAAGCCUGGCAGGGAACACAAGAAAUGGGCCGCAUGGUGACCAAGCGGUGAGCAUGUUGGCCACACAGGAAGAUCUGGGUUCAAAUCUCUGUUCGGCAUCUCUGUGUGGAGUUUGCAUGUGGGUUUUCUCCAAGUGCUUCGGUUUCCUCAUGGCCACCAGUCCAGGGUGUACCCAGUCUCUCGCCCGAAGUCAGCUGCCAGCCAGCAUACCCGCGGCCCUAGUGUGGACAAGCCGCAUAGAAAAUGGAUGGCAAAAAACGACCAGAGAGGAGGAACUACAACGCUGGGUAGAUAACAAUCUGGCAAAGAGGAGCAGCCACAAGGCAGCUUAAGAAGGCAGGCUGCAUAGGUGUGUCAAUUAGCUCCUCCCGCUAGACUCAGUAGUGUGCUGCAACACGUGGCCGAUAGAGGGCAGCA